UCCCUAUAUCCAGCCCCGCCCCCCCUCUCCCCCCACCCCCCCGCUCCCACAUUUCGGUGUAGAAAAUGGUGGCCUUGGGGCGAGGUGGGGAGGUGAGUGGGGCCCCCUGGGAGUCACAGACUUAGAAAUAGUUUCUAAAUAAUCCUUCGCUUCCACUUGCCGCCUGAAAAGAAAUGACGAACACUGCGAGGUCUGCGGGUCACAGCGGUGCGCCUCGAGGAGAGGAGGCCUAGAGCAAACCGCCAGGAGAGGUCCAGAGGAUCCUCAACAUGGAAAAAUCAUGCAAAGAAAAUGAGGAACAGCCAGAGAGCGCGCCCAAGACGGAUGAGGAACGGCCUCCUGUGGAACACUCUCCCGUAAAGCAGUCUCCGGAAGAACCGUCUUCUGAGGAGCAGUCGUCAGAGGAGGAGUUCUUUCCUGAGGAGCUCCUUCCUGAGCUCCUUCCCGAGAUGCUCGUGUCCGAGGAGCACCCUCCUCCGGAGCGCCUUUCUAGAAGGGACCUUUUUGAAGAGCGCCCUCCCAUGGAGCAGCCUCCUUGUGGAGUGGGAAAACAUAAGCUGGAAGAAGGAAGCUUCAAAGAGAGGCUGGCUCGGUCUCGCCCGCAAUUUAGAGGGGACAUACACGGCCGAAAUUUGAGCAACGAGGAGAUGAUAAAGGUGGCAGAGGAGAUGGAAGAAAUGAAAAGAGUACGAAACAAAUUAAUGGUCAUGCAUUGGAAGGCGAGACGGAACCGUCCUUAUCCUAUUUAAUGUGUUCGGCCUUUAAUUGUUUCCCCUGAUAGAAGUUGCCACCUGAACUUUGUUUGCAUUUUCUCAUCUCAUGCACUUUCCCCAUCUCAAUUUUAACUUUUUGCGUGGCUUUAUUUUAGGUGUUUUGCUUGUAACUGGCAUAAAAUUGGUUUUCCCCACCUACAAGCUGCAAGUCUCCCUCUCACCCAUUUGCAUGAAAAGGUGUACAUUAUAUAUUGUGAAGUGAAAACAAUUUUCAAAAAGUAUAUGUAGCAUCCCAUUUUUGUAAAAAAUGUAUAUUUGUAUAUUAAUAUGCAAAGAAAAAACUGAAAGUAUAUACUUAAAUGUCUUAACAGUGGCUAUCCAUGUGGUAAGAUAACAGGUGUUUUGGUUUUUCAUUUUGCUUAAUGGGAGCUUCUCAUUUUUCAAGACAAACAUAUUUUGCUUUUGUUGAAAAAAACAAUAUGGGGAAAAAUUUAAAAACUGUCAAUCAACUUAUAAAGACAAUGUGGCACUUAAUAAAUACUUGUCAGAACUUUAAA